AUGCUUCCCUCCGUGGUCCUCAUGUCUGCUCUGGCAGUCGGUGCACUGGGCGCCAACACCACCUACACCUACACUUUCCCCGCAGGGUUCAACAUCGGCCUGGUCAAGUCGGACGAGCUGAGCUCCUGGUGUCAAGGACAGCGCAAUGAGUGCCCCUCGAUUUGCAAGGGCUCAACCAAGCAAAACACUUGCGAACCCUCCACAUUGAAGUUCAACUGCGUUUGCGCCGACGGCAGCGUCCCUGAUGUUUCCCCAUACAUUCAGACUGUUCCCUUCUACGUCUGCGAGGCGACCUAUGGCCAGUGCAUCGACGCUCACCCCAAUGACGCCGAGGGCCAGCGCGCCUGCAAGGCUGCUGCCACCUGCGGUAGCAAGAAUGCCAGUGCUGAGGAUACCACCAUGAGCUCGACCACAACUGCUGCCUCCACCACUCUGGCCAUGGCCACUAGCACCAGCGCCAGCCAGACUACCUCGUCGGUCGCGGCUGCGAGCGCCACUACCAACGCCGCUGCCCUCUUUGGCCUGGAGGGCUACUCGACUGGUCUCAUGGCCGGCGCCAUGUUCUUCGCUGCGCGUCUGUUCCUGUAG